CUUGAAGCGCAACAAUUCUCCCUCUGCAACCCAGCUCUCUUCCUAUUCUCAACUCAGAUUAUUACAAUUAAAUACCACCAACCCGACCAGCGAGCCAACCAACAAGCGCCAAAAUGCCCUCCCGGGAGCAGCAGCGAGCUUCCUACCAUCGCAACCCCGAGCCGGGCGUGACGAUCAGGACUUUCGAGCAGCGACGCGCCGAGCUCAUCGCCGAGAUCGCCGCCAGUCUCAACCAGGUCAACGCCAACAUCAACAAGCUGAACCGGUCACUCGAGACCACUAUCACGGUCGGGGAGGGGUUUUCCGAGGCAGAGGGACUGUGGUCCAACUUUGAGGACGUCAUGGUCAAGGAGCCUAAGCAGAACACGGAGGGCGAGGGCAAGAACAAGGGAGAGGCCAACAGUGACAAAGCCAGAUGAUUCCUCCCAGACGGAAUGUCAACCAGGACGCCGUGUUUGUGGUUGGCGAUGAGGGCAUGAAACAAGAGCCUGAGCAGAGAGCAAUGGCAUUUUUGGCAGGUUUGGUGAGAUGACGGACGAGGACAAGAUUCAAGGAUGAUGAGACAUGAU